AUGAAACCCCCGCGAACGACCUUUGUCUAUUUCAUCCUCCGGGGACUCCUCAAAUUGAAUGCUACCAAAGUCCUCCUAGCAAUCGUAUUUCUAUGGCUGACUGCGUACGAAUUCUGUCGCCUUCGAUAUUGGCGAGAUCCUCAUUCAGCCUUCUUCGAUGGCCGCAAUGCUUACGAGUGGAAAUACAGCCUCUACCGCGAGCAUGAAGCUCGACGCUUGAUCGCCGGCCACAACGCUCCAUCGGACCCUUACGUUUUAUGUCAAAGCAAGAAUGGAUCCAACUAUAUGCGUCUCGUUCGCGACGGUCAAACGGGAUGGGUACGAUUAUUUCGAGGCCUCGGUCGGAUCUUUGUUGGAAGGAUUGGAUCCGCGCGAGCGCAGCGCCCUUUGUCUUAA